AUGUUCGACAGAGUACUGCAGGUUUUGGGCGUACGUCCAACGGAGCGAUGCAAGCGCGCAUGCCGAUACGAGUACUACUGUCGACUCCGAGACCGAAUCAACGGGGAGAUUGACCUGUGCCACGCCAAACAGCAUCGGCCGUCGGAGCAUUUGCGAGGACUGUCGAUGGCGGCAAUCGACAACUUGAUCACCAAGGCCUUGGCCGCUUUUGAGCAAUACGGGGAGAUUUCCUGCCGAGCUCUCGAUAGUUGGUACGUGGCUUGCGACUCGCCCGCUCUACAGGAGCUCCUCUGCAGCGGGCUGGACGGUCUGAACAUUGCCGCCGAGAUGGAGCGAUGCCUGACGGCCAAGCUCAGGCGACCGAUGGUGGACGACAUCCUUUGCGUGACGGCGCGCGGCAACAGGCCAGCGCCGGGGUUAGUCUGGCUGGAAGCGCUACCGGACGUGCCGCCAGAGGAGCCCGAGGACAGCGAGGAUGACAUGUUUCCGGCGACGACGAGCUGGAAGAUAUCUCGGCGGUACGACUGA